GAUAAACCUACAUCUCUUGCUCCUCCGUCUGUCUUCCAAUAGUCUGAGCAAACAUAAAGAAGUCUGCGCAUAAUGGAGGGCACGGUUGUUUUGUACCCAUCACAGGGCCAUUUGUCCUCCAUGUUGGAAUUGGGCAAGCUAAUACUCAAACACCGUCCUUCUGUCUCAGUCACCUUCGUAAUGUCCAACCCUUCAACUGAAUUAGUCUCCGCCAAUCCUUUCAUUACUUUUAUUCCCCUUCCCGAAGUUUCUCUUCCAACUCCGAUCACAUCAUUUUUAGAUUUAGUAGCCUCAUUCUUUGAGAUCCCUAAACUCAACAACCCUAACCUCCACCAAACCCUUUCAAGUCUUUCUGCUUCCUCCAACAUAAAAGCCUUGAUCAUAGAUUUCUUUUGCAGCCCAGCAUUCGAGUUUCUCUCCUCUAGGCUCGACAUCCCAAUUUACUAUUUCAACUCUUCUGGUGCAUGUGGCUUGUCCAUGUUUCUUUACAUGCCUACCUUAGAUAAGAACACCACUGAGAGCUUGAAAGACCUGGACAUCCUUGUUGAGGUCCCUGGGGCACCAAAAGUUCCAUCAAAAGAUAUCCCGCCAGUUCUUUGUGACCGAUCUCAUAGAGUUUACCAGUACUUCGUCGAUACUGGAAAGCAGAUGUUCAAGUCUGCAGGAGUUGUUGUAAAUACGUUCGAGUCACUAGAGCCAAACGCAUGUGAGGCAAUACAAGAAAGAAAGUGCAUCCCAAAUGUGCCCCUACCACCAAUAUUUUGUGUCGGUCCACUUGCAAUCACUGGUGAAAGCAGAAAGGAAAAUGAGUGUCUAACUUGGCUAGAUUCACAACCAAGUCGCAGUGUUUUAUAUCUUUGUUUUGGCAGUAUGGGAGUCUUCAGUUCAAGUCAGUUGAAGGAAAUGGCUAUUGGGUUGGAAAAAAGUGGGGUUAGAUUCUUGUGGGCAGUGCGUGCUCCAAAAGAAGAUGGCCAAACCCAAGCUAGAAAGACAGGUAUAGCAACAGAACCAUGUCUGGAGUCGAUAUUUCCAGAAGGGUUCUUGCAUAGAACCAAAGACAGGGGAUUUAUAGUGAAGUCAUGGGCACCACAACUUGCAAUACUUAACCAUGGCUCGGUUGGUGGUUUUGUGACUCACUGUGGAUGGAAGUCGAUACUUGAAGCUGUGUGUGCAGGGGUGCCGAUGUUGGGUUGGCCUCUAUAUGCAGAGCAGAAGAUGAAUAGUGUUUUCUUGGUUGAGGAAAUGAAGGUGGGUCUAGCGGUGAAAUUGGCGGAUGAAGAUGAUUUUGUCAGUGCGGCUGAGUUGGAGGAUCGUGUGACUGAGUUGAUGAACUCAAAGAAAGGUGAAGCUGUUCGAGAACGAGUUAAGGCUUUAAGAGAGGCUGCGGUGGUUGCUAAAAGUGAAGGAGGUUCUACUUAUGCUGCCAUGGAGAGGCUGGUGGAAUCAUUCAAGUAACUGCUAAAUAGCUGGAGCUUAAAAUUAAGUCUUCUAUCACUUCCCCAAGAAUAAACCAUUGCUCAGCAGUGAUUUGUGUCUUUUUUAAAUUAUUAUUAUUAUGAAUUUGCAGUGUGUGAUUUGAAUAAUUAAGGAAUUUAAAUGAUUUACUA